CAUGGAGUUACCAUAGCUCCUGUAACGCUGGUCACCUAUUUGCAUGACGUGAAGAGUAUAUAGCUUCGUUUCUCCCAUGACUUUCUCUUCCAGUAUCCAGCUCAAGAAGCGUGCAAAGACCAGCUAAUCACACAUUUGCCUCAAGAAACUACAUCAUUCUACUAACAUGAAGGCCUUUACCCGCGAAACCACUGGCGUCGAAGUCGUUGAGGAGCUUUCAGAUCGAGUCAAAGGAAGAACUUUUAUUAUUACUGGCGCCAGCGAAAGUGGCUUAGGAGCUGAGACGGCCGUUGCUCUGGCUCAUGGACACCCUGAGCAUCUGAUCCUUCUCGCCCGAUCUCAGGCGCGAGUCAACUCGGUCAUUUCACAGAUCAAGGAGAUCAGUCCGAAUACCAAGGUUGACUUUGUCCCUGUCUCUCUUGACGAUUUCGACUCUGUUCGCUCUGCGGCGGCCACCAUCAACAGCUCAAUCGAGAAGCUUCAUGGCUUAAUCAACAAUGCUGGUGUCAUGGCCCCUGACAACUACGCAGCGAACAAGAAUGGAAUAGAGAUGCAGUUUGCCACCAACCAUCUAGGUCAUUUCUUGUUGACCAAGCUACUUUUUCCCAAGAUCGCCGCGGCCGCCCCUGGCUCAAGAAUCAUCAACUUGACCAGUCUAGGACAUAAGAUCUCGCCAGUCCGUUUCGACGAUUACAAUUUCUCGGGUGGGAAAACAUACAAUCCAUGGGAGGGUUACGGCCAGUCAAAGUCCGCGAAUGUUCUCUUUUCCCACUCUUUGGGCAACAAGCUCCAGUCUCGCGGCAUCCAGAGCUUCAGUGUGCAUCCGGGAGCCAUCUUCAACACCAAUUUGGCCAGGGAUAUUAGUGAUGUCCAUGCAGCCCUGGCAGCAAUCGAUCCAGUAGCCAUCAAGAACACCGGCCGCCAUUUCCCGCUGGCAGCGGACACCCCAAAGCCGAUCGACACCGGUAUCACAACCACACUUGUGGCGGCUUUGGACACGAGAAUUGAGGCUCAAAGCGGCAGCUACAUGGCGGAUGCAAAGAUUGACACAGCAUAUGAGUAUGCGACGGAUGACGCAAAUGCAGAGCGACUAUGGGAAUUGAGCGAGCAGUUGGUGGGUGAGAAGUUCGAUGUCUGAUGGUCACCUUUGACAGGUUAUGGUUACGGCGACCACCAAAAGCACUGGGACGGAAACAGGUAUUCGUAGCAGCAACGGAGAUUUCGAAGUUGAAAGGAUAAUAAUCAUUAAAAUUCCCAUCA